ACCACCUCCUCCCUUCCCCCACCCCCGCCUGCUGACCUGGUGAUUUCCCCAAAUGUGGCGUACAUGGCGGCUGAGCUGAUCAUCGCCUUUUUCUCCACAAUCGGCAAUUUACUGGUGUGUGCUGCAGUGGGCCUCAACCGCAAGUUACGCACUGUCACUAACUACUUCCUGGUCUCGCUCGCUGUCGCCGACAUCUGCGUGGGCUCCAUUGCCAUUCCCUGUGCCAUCCUGACUGACGUCGGUUUGCCACGUCACAAUCUCUACCUGUGUCUGCUCAUGCUGAGUGUUUUAAUAAUGUUCACCCAGAGCUCCAUCUUCAGCCUGCUGGCGGUGGCUGUGGAGCGAUACGUGGCCAUCUUCAUGCCCUUACGCUACCGGGUCGUGAUGACGCCUCGCAAUGCCGUGUUUGUGAUCCUGACCACUUGGCUGUUGGCCCUUCUCAUCGGGCUUGUGCCUCUGAUGGGCUGGCAUAAGACGCCGCCUGAUUCGGGCUACUGUUUCUUUGUCUUUGUGGUGGACAUGACCUACAUGGUCUAUUUCAACUUCUUCGCCUGUGUGCUGACACCCUUGGUGAUCAUGUUUCUUAUCUACGCCCAAAUUUUUGUCACGGUCAAGCGGCAGGUGAGGCGUAUUGCAACUGAGCAAAGCGGCAGAGGGGAGGGACAGAUGAAGGCUGCAGCCAGCAUGCGCCGAGAGAUGAAGACCGCCACCUCGCUCUUCCUGGUUCUCUUCCUCUUCACAAUCUGCUGGAUCCCGCUCCACAUCAUCAACUGCUUCCUGCUGCUCUGCCCUCACUGCCCCGUGCCGCUAGAGCUGCUGCUCACUGCCAUCAUCCUGUCACACGCCAACUCGGCUGUCAACCCCUUCCUGUAUGCGUACACCAUGACGGCCUUCAGGGACACCUUCAAGGCAAUUUUCAUGUGCUGCAGGACGGUGGGAGACAGAGAGGCUUUGAAUGCACUCAGUGUUGGUGACAGAGGGCAGGCGGCUGUCCAGAACGCGUACCGGAGCUGA